AUGCUCUUCUCUCAAUAAUAAGAUUACAAUCCUAAAGAUAUUUACUAACCUUCUUCAAUGAGUUAUGGUGCUGGAAUAUUCAAAUCUUAGAAUCAGCAACCUUAUUACAAUUAAUAACCCAGAACUAGAGCAGAAAGAGUAAUAUGUAAUUUUAAAAUGUUAGGAGUAUUUAAAAGAAGUCAAUUCUUAAUAAACAGUAAUGCAAUCAAGAUGUAAACUCUUAUUUAAAGUUUGAAGAAUUUGACACACCUUAAAAAGAAGACAUGAAAACACUAUUACAUAAUCCAGCACCAAAUACUACUUUAUUUUAAUAGGGUAUUAUUAAUAUAAAUCUUGUAGAAUAAGAAAGGUUCUUAAAGGAUUUUGCUGUUGAAGAUAAAUAACAAAGGGAAUAUUAAAAUAAAUAAAAACAGUUAUAAUAUGAAUCAAGAAGAAUAGCUAAUUUAGAAAGAGAAGGUAUGAUUUGGCAAAGAAAUGAACUUUAUCAAUAAAAAGUAUUUGUUUUCAUCAUUGUAGGAUGAAUUAAAAAGAUAAUAUCAUUAAGAGUAAUAUACAUAAGGCAAAAGAAAUUUAAAUGGAUUAGCAUACAAUCCUUUAACAUUAGAGUAUGCUUAAAAUGAAUAAGGUUAAGCACUAAAAAGACAAGAUGACAUGACAUAAGUGAGAUAACUAGUAAGAGCCUAAAAUUUAGAUCAUAGAGCUAACUGUGGUUAUAAUUUACUGACAGGUAUACAAUUCCAAUUCUAUAUCAAUAGGAGAGAAUCGUAAAGGUGUUGAAGAAAUUGUGCCUGAUGAUCUUAAAGGCCAUUAUUAAAAUAAAAUGUAAGAAAGGGAUAAUCAAUUAAAUAUAAAACACUAUGCUUUAUAGUAACAAUUGUUAUCUAAAUAAUAUUGA